UUGGACGAACGUAAGUCCUCACCUGGCAAACUUGAUUACCCAAUUCUGGUCUCACAGGUGGCCAUCCACCUAUUCUGCUGCUAUGACUGCCAUUAGACGGCGGGGUUUGCACGAAUUCUCUUGCAGAGAAUUCAUAUCACCGUAUUCGGAGAGUUGAAGGUCCAGUUUCUGGACACAACACCAAGGCAUCUCUCUGUCACUUCGUGUUUUCUACCCACCGAGCUAUCCAAAUGGAAUUAACGCCCAUCAAGAUCCGGGGGAAAGGUCCACGGAAGAAAGGAUUCAGGCCGCCCCAACCAAAGAGAAAACAACCACUAUCCGGCGGGGCUACGACAACUACGCCGAAGAGACGCAAAAGGAAGGCAAGGGCGGCCACCCCGAUAGAACGGCUCCCCCUCGAGAUCCUGGAGCGCAUCUUUCACCUGUCAUCGAACCUCAGCCUCCCCCGUGCCAGCCUGCGGAUCGGCUAUCACCUCUCGGCCCGCUCAUUCCUCCUCGAGCUGCUGGUCUCCGCCUUCGCGCCCACCUGGGACGUCUGGUUCGGCUGCACGCGCGGGCCCGAGGGGCGGCUUCAGUCGUACUACGGCUACGAUACGGACGAGCGGAGGAUAGGGGGCGACCCUGACUUGCAGAGCGAUGUUCUCGCCUGCCCAUGGGCCACGCUCCCCCGGAUCCUCGACGCCUUGCAAAUCUGGUACGGGCGGCACGGCCGCGGCCGGUACUACGAACACGUGAGUCUCCAAUGCCAACCGUGGACGCCAGGACCUCCGCUCCCCAUUCCCUGCCCACCCCUCCAUGAACCCCACCCGGGAGGGUUCGACCACGUCAAAUCGAUCCACGCCUGCUUCGAGGCAGACUGGCAGCUCUUCGCGGCCCGGCACGACUGUCGGACGCCGACCUGGGCGACGACGCACCUGGGCGUCCAUCCGCGCGCCCGCCUGCCCGAGGACGCCGUCGCGGGGCCCUUCGACUGGGAGAAGGCGCGGCGGCUGUUCUGGCUGCGCGGCGCCGGCGCGGCGCUCGCGCCCGGCGAGGCCUGCUGCUGGGAGCUGACCAGGCAGGGGUUUGACGGCAUGAUGCGCCUCGACGACGACGCGCUGGCCCUGUGCCUGGCGAGGCUGUACGAGAGCUGGGACGUCUUCGCCGGGGACUGGCCCGAGCACGUCCAGGAGGAGGUCCUGGUCGGCCUCGAGGCGCGGCUCCGCGAUCCGGGGAACAGGCUCCCGAUGGCGUGCGGGUUUGUGUUCAGGGUCUUGUCGCGGUGUAUGGCGGGGCGGUUGUAGGGGAUCGGGCAAUAGAUCGGAUUUUUUAUAAUAUAUAAAUUCAGGAUUCAUAAUGGACGUCAUGUGUUGCUGAAUUCGUUCCCGUGGUUUGGUGGUGGCUGAGAAGAGCCACCAGGAGUGAUACAUAGUGUCGUGAUAGUGCCAGGGGACCGCUAUGAAGUGACCAGCAACGCAUGAGAACAAGUUGGGAGGCUGACUGAUACAGUCCAAUAUGAUUAAAGAGUCGAAGCAUGUACCACGGUCAGGCCCUCAGUAAAUUCCGAGAGUGUGUUU